AACGCAGCAGUGUGUGCGUGUGUGUGUGUGUGUGUGUGUGUGUGUGUGUGUGUGUGUGUGUGUGUGUGUGUGUGUGUGUGUGGGCCGUGUGCAGACCGCGUGUGGCGCAGAGGAGGAUAGAAAACAAACAUCCACAGUUUCGGGGUCUGAGCCAUCGUCGUGGUGAUGAGCAGUAAUGAGUGUUUCGGUUGUGGCCGUAGCGGCCACUGGGUGAAGAACUGUCCGAGCGCCGGCCGAGGACGAGGGAAAGGUCGUGGCAGAGGCAAAGAUCUGUUCUGUUAUCGGUGCGGGGAGUUCGGACACGUCGCCAGAGACUGUGAGAGGACAGAGGAUGCCUGUUAUAACUGUGGCAGAGGAGGUCACAUCUCCAGAGACUGCAAGGAGCCGAAGAAGGAGCGAGAACAGCUGUGCUACAACUGUGGGAAGGCUGGACACAUGGCACGGGACUGCAACCACGCCCACGAGCAGAAGUGCUACUCCUGUGGUGGCUUUGGACACAUCCAGAAGUGCUGUGAGAAGGUCAAAUGCUACAGGUGCGGGGAGAUCGGCCAUGUUGCAGUGCACUGCAGUAAGGCGUCGGAGUUGAACUGCUAUAACUGCGGGAAGUCGGGUCACCUGGCCAAGGAGUGCACCAUUGAAGCCACUGCCUAGCUGCCGCAUCACCCCACCUCGCCCUCUUUCAUCUCUUCUUUAUUUCUCUUUAUUCAUUCCCUCUGACCCUCCUCUUCUCAUUGGUCCAGAGGCCUGUCAGCCAGCCUCACAGCAGCCAGUCAGAGCGGGCGGAGGGAGGAGGAGGGGCAAACACUAAAAAAACAAACAUUUCUUUUGCAUUUCUAAAAGAACAAACAGAAUCUGUGUUUUUAGUUCGGUAGCAGUGUCAUGACGUUCAAAGCUUUGUUUAAGAAUACUUUCUGCCCAGCCAAUUGGCUGAGAGAGUACAACGAUUUAAAAAAACAAGUUAAGCCCCUCCCCUCAGUCCUAAAGUGGGCGGGACUAUAACGGAGGGAAAAAUAAGCGACGGAAGUUUUUAUCUUCCAACAUUAACUUUAUUUUCUAUUUUCUGGACAAAGCCGAGUUUGUCUGAAAGAAACGUGAUUGGUUCCACCUCCAGCAAACAGCCAAUCACCUCACAGGAUGAACAAGCCAAUCAGAGCAGACCACAGCAGACGACAACAGGAACAUUAAUUAUUCAUGUUUUAUAAGUGCGUUAUGUUGCUGUUUGGACCGGAGGGAGCGACGCACCGACAGAGACAAAAACUAAUAAUAACAAUAAGAAAACACAUUUUAAAAAAACAACAACAAUUUUCAGUUUGGGGAGAGGUGAAUGUUUUCACAAAAAAAUCCAAAUGUUAUUUUUGUACAAUAUAUCACUUAGAGCUACUGUAAAAAUGUCAUUUGGUUGUACUGCAGACUGUAAGUUUAACCUGACAAUAAAAACAUGGAGGAGGAGGAAGAGGACGGAGCUGAGA